GAACUACAAAAGCAGCUUUUCGCGGAAGAGCGAMAGACCUCUGCGUGACUUCUGUCUACCCGAUUUCGCCUUUAAACAAGUUGUAAAGAAUUGUAUUCGACAAGAAUUUGCCCUUUAAAAUGUGCACAUUUACUGUAUAUACUCAUAUGUGUAUUGCUUUCUUGUCAGAUUGGUGCCGUUAUCAGCAACGGUGGAAUGCAGAAACGUCAGUGCCCUAAGAAAUGUUGACACUUUGUCGCGACUUUGUUUAUCUUGCCAACUUUUGUUCCUUUUGCGCAUGAUUGACCUAUAGUGGAUAUAUAAAAUUCUCGAUUCCAGGAACCUCAGCAUUUGUGCGUGCGUUUACUAACUCCAAAGCGUUGUGUUUACUUCAAAGCGCGAUUUUGAUUCAGACGUGCAAGAAUCUAUCAGUUCAGACCUUAUAUCAUAUUCAAGUUGAAUCAGGUCAAGGAUUUCUGAGAAGUAUACUGAAAUGGCAAGCCGAACAAACAAACAAGCGAUUCCUCUUGUGUUACCAAACAACUAUAGCUGGGAUGCUACCACCGGCAAGUGCGAUCGCAUCACAUCGAAUCCCGAAGCAAUUGAUAUAUUACCGCAAGCAUUAGAUCAACUGCGUGAAAUUGAGGGUCCGGUAUGUGUUGUAGCAAUUUCUGGUCCUUACAGRAAGGGAAAAUCGUACGCCUUGUGCAAGGCUUUUGACCAGGAACAGGUUUUCCCUCUUGGCCAUGAUAUGUGUGCACAGACGAUUGGUAUAUGGCUGUGGAUUGUGCCAAAGAAAUUUAAGGACAGCACUGGACAAGAGUUUACUGUGGUUCUUCUUGAUUCCGAGGGGAUCGACUGCCCAUCAGGCUUCAGUGAUAACAGGAAUUUUACACUGAUUGUUUUGUUGUGUUCCAUUCUGAUCUAUAACUCUAGUGGUGUUGCAGGCAGAUCAGAUCUGGAAAAGCUUGAUUUCAUUGUCAAGUUGUCUGAGCGAAUUCAGCUUUAUACGUCCAAGAAAAAUCACCAAGAUGAAAAAGAUUUCUAUGAGGCAUUCCCGUAUUUCAUCUGGCUUUUAAGAGAUUUGAUUUUAAACUUGCCGCAAAACUGCUCUAACAUCAGAGAAUAUUUCACGAAAAAAGUAUUGAAUUGCAAAGGAGAUUCAAAUACCGAAAAAUCAAGAUUGGCAUCUCAAAGAAUCUUAGAGUAUUUCUCGGGCUUUGAUGCCUUUGGUAUCCCUCCGCCCACUUAUGACUCUAAGGUCAUGGAAGACUUGGAUGGCAGAAAGAGUGAAGUCAAUCCAGAAUUCCAUAAACAAUUCGAGCUUUUCAGAGCUUUCAUACAUACCAAACUGUCACCCAAAAAGGCCAUCAAAAAAGGAGAGUUUGUGACUGGUGAAGGACUAGCAGCACUAGUCCAGCUUUAUGUAGACGCUCUCAACACUCCGGGCGCUGUGCCCAACGUAGAAGAGUCCUGGGAUACAUUUGCCAAUACCAAAUGUCGUGAAGUAUUGGAAGAUGCUUUGAGGACAUACCAACAGGAAAUGACGUCAUUCGUGGAGAAUAUGAUGCCUUGCGAAGCCGAUGAGCUAAGAUCUGCGCAUGAACAAACCAUGGAAAAAUGUCUCGAAACGUUUAAARAAGAG